CUUAAGCGUAUAUUGUAGGUGACUAAUUGUCUAUAAACAACUUAUAUAUACACUGCACAUGUAUUAAUGUCUGGACCAAGACAGUCAAAUGGGUUUGGAAUGGGACCUGGAUCGGAUGGACCGAUGAGGUUUCCUCCACGUGGUAUGAGACCAUCUUUUGGGCCUGGUGGUCCAGGUGGCCCGAGUGGACCAGGCGGACCUGGGCAUGGACCUCAUGGUUUGCCGCCGUGGAGACAUGGACCACCGAGAAUGCCAAUGAUGGGAGGACCCGGACCUAUGGGACCUGGCGGACAAGGGAUGGGAAUGCCAUCUGGACCCCCAGGUAUGAUGGGUGGUAUGGGACCUCCUAAUGGCAUGGGACCACCGGGAAUGAAUAUGAUGGGGCCCCCAGGUGGAAUGAUGCCACAAAAUAAUGGAGAUGAACAAACCUUAUUGGUUGGCGCAGAUGGAAAAAUGACUGACUGGACCGAGCACACGGCACCCGAUGGUAGGAAAUAUUUUUACAACGUACAGACCAAGCAAUCCAAGUGGGAAAAACCAGAAGAAUUAAAAACAGAGGCUGAGGUCAUGCUAUCCAAGUGUGCAUGGAAGGAAUUCACUGCAGAUUCAGGGAAGUCUUAUUACUAUAACUCUGAAACUAAAUCAAGUGUAUGGACAAUACCUAAAGAACUGCAAGAUUUAAAAGAAAAAAUUGCUAAGUUUGAAGAAGAACAGAAAAGUUUUAAAGCAGAAGUUAAAGGAAACCUGGACCCAAACUCACAAAACACUAAUGUGGAUGGAAUGCUUGAUGGAGAUGGAAAUCCUAUAAAUGUUGACAAAUCGCUUCCGCCUGGGAUAAUUCCACCUGGAGUUCCACCAAGCAUGAACCCAAACAACAUGGCUCCUGGAGGUUCAGCUCAACCAGGUUCUGGCUUUCCUGGCCCCAUGAUGGGAAAUAUGCAAGGAGGACCUAUGGGGCCAAUGGGAAUGCCCAACAGUGGAAUGCCUAUGAUGGACCCCAUGCAAAUGAUGAUGCAACAACAGCUAAUUAUGCAGAGGCAAAUGCAGAUGCUUGCUCAACAAAACAAACAAGCGAAGAAGGCAAAGAAAAAGAAGCAAAAACAAGAGAAGAAACAACAAUCCAGUUCUGAGGAGGAGGAAGAUGAAGAUGAGAGUGGGAAGGAGAAGCAAGAAGAAGAUGGGAAGAAGGAUGAGAUGGAGGAGAGCAAACAGGAGAAAGUGACGGUGAAAGAAGAUAAACAGGAGUGGGGAACGAAGGAAGAAGCAAAAGCUGCGUUUAAAGAUGCGCUCCGUGAGAAGAAGGUUCCUGCUGCAUCCUCAUGGGAACAAGCCAUGAAAGUUAUCGUAUCUGACCCUCGUUACUCUGCACUGAAGAAGUUAAGUGAAAAGAAGCAAGCAUUUAACGAAUAUAAAACACAACGUGGUAAAGAAGAAAAAGAAGAAGAAAGAAUAAGAACAAAAGAAAAUAAAGAAAAAUAUCAGAAAUUCUUGGAAACUCAUCCAAAAAUGUCAAGUUCAGUCAGUUACCGAGCCGCUGACAAAAUGUUUGCCGAUAAUUCCGCUUGGAAAUCUGUUCUUGAACGAGACAGAAAAGAAAUAUUUGAGGAUGUUGUUUUUUAUCUUGCCAAGAAAGAAAAGGAAGAAGCAAAAGAACUUCGUCGACGAAAUAUGAAACAACUUCGUCAUAUUUUGUUAUCAUUGAAAAAGUUAACAUAUCGGACUACUUGGUCAGAAUGUCAACAAAUGCUGAUGGAUAAUAAUCUGUUUGCAGAAGAUGAAGAUUUACAAAAUAUGGACAAGGAGGACGCUCUUAUUUGCUUUGAAGAAGUCAUCAAGGAUUAUGAGAAAGAAGACAAGGAGAAACAGGAUCGGAAAAAAACUUUAGAAAAGCGAGUAUUUCGAAAACACAGACAAAAGUUUGUUGAGAUGCUUGAUAGUUUACAUGAAGAUGGAAAACUUCACUCAAUGUCAACCUGGAUGGAACUUUACCCAACUAUAAGUAGUUGUCCAACGUUUAACAAGAUGUUGGGACAACCAGGUUCGACACCGCUCGAUUUGUUUAAGUUUUACGUGAUUGACCUAAAAGCGAGGUUUCAUGAUGAAAAGAAAAUAAUUCGAGAUAUUUUGAAGGACCAAGGAUUUGAAGUUGGAAUGAAAACAACAUUUGAAUCAUUUGCAGUUGUUGUUACUGGUGAUAAAAGAGCUGCAACACUUGAUGCUGGGAAUAUUAAACUUGCAUUUAACAGUUUCAUAGAGAAAGCUGAAGCCCGAGAAAAGGAAAGACUUAAAGAGGAAAUCCGUAAACAGAAGAGAAUCGAGGCAACGUUUCGUAACAUGCUGAAACAUGCAGCUCCACCACUGGAUGUCACUACAGAGUGGGAACAGUGUCGAAGUCGUUUUGUAAAUGAAGAAGCAUUUAAAGCGGUCACUGUAGAAGCGGAUCGUGUUCGACUUUUUAAUGAACAUAAAGAACUUAUUGUGAUUGAAGCAGAGAAAGCAGCAAAAGAAAAGGCCGAAAAAGAAUUACGAGAUAAAAAGAAAAAAAAGAAAAAGAAGCAUUCGAGUAAACGAAACCGAUCGGAUUCCGAAUCUGAUGAUGACUUUGAAUCUCAGAAGAGUUCAAAAAAGAAAAGAGCGAGAUCUGUUUCAUCGGACUCGAGUUCAGAUGCAGAAAGAAAAUCACGUAAACACAAAAAGAAAUCGAAGAAACGCCACAACAAAUCUCCGGCACCUGAUCAAGAAAAGAAAUCAAAAAAAUCCAGUCAGGAAAAAAAGAAAAAAAAGAAGGAAAAGGAAAGUUACCCCUCCCAUACUGAAGAUAGUGAUGAUGAUUUAGAACAACAAAGAAAAGAACUCAUUAAAAAGUUAGAAAGUGAAAAGUGAAUAAAGUAAAUGUUUCCCUGUACAAUCAUGCUAGAAAUAUUCUAUCGGAGUCCAAUAUGAUGAAACCCAAACAUUUACAACUAAUUUGUUCUUAUGUUACAAAUGUUUCACUUCAUUGCUAUUAACAUUAAGUUGCAAACUUGUAACAUGGUAAUGUGCCAACUGGUACAGGUUUUAAAAGUAAUGUUUCAAAUGAAAAUAAAAGCGAUUCCAUUUUU